AUGGCUGACGCUGGCAGACAAUCCUUCACCGACAAGGCCACUUCGGCGGUGAAGCCCGACUCCCAGAAGUCGUACGCCGAGCAGAUGGGCGACUCCCUCAAGGGAACGGCCGACUCUAUCGCCUCAACGAUGCAGCCCCAGAGCGGUAAAUCCACCACACAGAAGAUGGGAGACUCGGUCAACAGCAACUCCAACGAGAACCAGGACUCGUUGAUGGACAAGGCCAAGUACGCCCUUGGAAUGGAGAAGUAG